GUCCUGCUUUAAAAGGCGUAAGAAACCCUAACCGAAAUCUCGUCGACAGAGGCAGUGCUAGGGGGUAUCAGUCUUUAAGGUAAGCCAUGGUUAAGCAUAACAAUGUUGUGCCUAAUGGGCACUUCAAGAAACACUGGCAGAAUUAUGUCAAAACUUGGUUUAACCAACCUGCUCGCAAAACAAGAAGACGUAUAGCUAGGCAAAAGAAGGCUGUGAAGAUCUUCCCACGGCCCACGUCUGGACCACUUCGACCUAUUGUCCAUGGGCAAACUCUGAAGUACAAUAUGAAAGUUAGGGCUGGCAGAGGAUUUUCUCUUGAAGAGCUAAAGGCAGCAGGUAUUCCAAAAAAACUUGCUCCGACCAUUGGUAUUGCUGUUGAUCAUCGUCGCAGGAACCGAUCACUAGAAAGUCUCCAAGCUAAUGUCCAAAGGUUGAAGACAUAUAAAGCUAAGUUGGUUGUGUUCCCAAGACGUACACGAAAAUUCAAGGCUGGCGAUUCUAGUGUGGAAGAACUUGCAACUGCAACACAGGUUCAAGGUCUUUACAUGCCUAUUGUCAGGGAGAAGCCAACUGUUGAGCUUGUGAAGGUUACAGAUGAGAUGAAAUCAUUCAAGGCCUAUGGCAAGCUGCGUGUUGAGCGGAUGAAUCAGCGUCAUGUGGGUGUAAGGAUGAAGAAGGCAGCUGAGGCAGAGAAGGAAGAGAAGAAAUAGUGGGUAUGAAAUUAUGAAUAAUAGCCAGUUCUUCAGUUUACAGCUAGGCAAUACUCAGAUUUUUGGUUGGACACUGGUUUCUGAGUUUUUUAUUAUCUGUUACAUCAGACACCUGCAGAAUUUUUGGUAUAAUCUCAGGGACCCUAGUAUGAACUUAAUUUUUGUUAGUAGUGUGCUUAUAGAUUGAUCUUAGCGUUACUUUGCUUGAGUGGAGUUCCAUUCAUAUUUC